UAAGUUUUCAUAAAAGAGUAGCAUAUACUCAGAACCGAAAAUGAAUAACUCAAACAGGUAUCAUCCCCCGAGUACAAAAUAAAGAAGAAGGGGAAAAUCAGUCUGAAACGAAGUAGAAGAAUAGAGGAAUCCCGCGAUAAGCCACAAUCAACAAAUGCCUGCGCGAAUCCACCUAUCUAAAAACAGAUACAGGCACAGUCACGUAGUGCCAGUAGAAACUUAAAGAUCAAACGCGACACGUCUUUAUAAGGACUGCGAAAAGCUAAGUUUAUUGAAGACGGAAAGAAAAAGACAAGAGAUAGAAUGCGAUGGCAUAUUUGUGUGUACAUGCACAUACACACGCAUACAAGCGAAAUCAAGGUUAACAUAUAAUAACCAGCUGGGACAUCGUUCAGUGAUAAGUUAGCUUGGAGAGAUAUCGAAAACAUCCGUCGCAAUUUCGACAUUAACGAAGCAGACCAGCAGUGUGACGUCGUGUAUUCGGACGUCAACUUGAACAACCGAAGUAGAACCACGCAUGCAUAUCUAUCGAUUUCUCAACAAAAAAUCGCGCAACUACCGUCAAGCUGCAAUGCACCAGUAGCAAAUUUUCAAAUACAAAGUGCCGAGAUGAUGUCCAGUAAAGAUAAAGGAAAUUAUGGCCUCGGCUACCAGAAUACAUUGGUCCGAAAAGAUCGGCCUCAAGAAGAUGGCUCAUCACCACGGUCCCAGUAAGAAAGAACCACCUAAAGAAAGUCUUCUGCAUUUCCACCCAGAUGGUACUGAGGACGAGAUCGAUAAGGAGUGGGAGGAGUUCUCAAGACUCAUGGAGAAGUUCAAGGAGAAUCGAAAGAACAGACCAUCACAAGCAUUCUACCCUUGUCCUCCAUCUGUCGUCGAUGAUGAACAACAAGAAUUCGAUCCUUUCGAUUCUCUCAACACUUAUAUGUAUGGCCGCUAUACGAAGGAUCUCGGUGAAUACGCAAAAGCGGAGGCGCGGAAGCUACGCCACGAUAAAUCCCCCAGUAAGACGAUCGACAAGGUACGGACAGAAGAGUUCAACAAAUCAAGGCAUGGUCCGCUUUGUCGCAAAUUUCUGACAUUGCUGGCAUUUGCAUGGAAACACACGGGUGCAAGACUUGGCGAAGACUGGGUAUUUCUCGCUCUUCUUGGAAUCAUAAUGGCUCUCAUCAGCUAUGCCAUGGAUCGAGGCAUAUCCAUGUGUAAUAACGGUCAGUGGUUAUAUGAGGACCUAACAUCUCAUCCAGUAUUACAGUACCUUGCUUGGGUAUCGUUACCAGUCUGUCUAGUCCUCUUCAGCGCAGGCUUUGUUCAUAUCAUCGCGCCUCAAAGUAUAGGAUCCGGCAUCCCCGAAAUGAAAACAAUCCUGAGAGGCGUUGCACUCAAGGAAUACCUAACAUUUCGUACUCUCGUAGCCAAAAUUGUUGGUCUGACCGCCACACUUGGUUCAGGUCUACCACUUGGAAAAGAAGGUCCAUUUGUACACAUCGCUAGUAUCGUGGCAACGUUGCUAUCAAAACUGGUGACAAGCUUCCAGGGUAUCUACGAAAAUGAAAGCAGAAACUGUGAAAUGCUUGCGGCCGCGUGCGCAGUAGGUGUUGCCUCAUGUUUCGCUGCACCCAUCGGUGGUGUUCUCUUCAGCAUAGAGGUUACGACCGUGUAUUUCGCAGUACGUAACUACUGGCGAGGCUUUUUUACGGCCGUCUGCGGCGCCACAAUGUUCAGACUAUUGGCGAUUUGGUUCCAACGUGAAGAAACUAUCACUGCAAUGUUCAUCACCAACUUUACCAUGGACUUUCCAUUUGACCCUCAGGAACUCUUUGUCUUCGCUUUGAUUGGAGUUGGCAGCGGCAUCUGCGGUUCCUUCUAUGUUUGGCUCCAUAGGCAAUAUGUUAUAUUCAUGCGCAAGAAUAAAAGUAUGAACAGCUUCCUACAAAAAAAUCGUUUCUUAUACCCUGGCAUUGUUUCGAUUUUGGUGUCCUCUGUUUCUUUUCCUCUGGGUCUUGGCCAAUAUAUGGCUGGUGACCUAAAUACUCAUGAUCAAGUACACGGUCUUUUCACCAACUUUACUUGGACUAAAGAUGACUUGAACGUGGAAGAGAGAAAUAUCGUUAAGCAUUGGUCUACCGAGCGUUCAGAUGUAUUUGUUGGUCUCUUGAGUUUCACGGUAUUCACGUUUAUUUUUUCCAUUAUCAGUUCAACAGUGCCUGUACCUUCUGGAAUAUUUAUUCCAGUUUUUAAAAUUGGUGCUGCUUUAGGGCGAGCAGUCGGAGAGGCUAUGGCUCUACAAUUUCCUCACGGUGUUCGAUAUGGCGGAAUUAUAACACCUAUUGUUCCAGGUGGAUACGCGACAGUCGGUGCCGCUGCUUUUUCCGGUGCUGUAACGCACACAAUAUCUGUCAGCGUGAUAAUAUUCGAAAUGACUGGACAGAUCACGCAUAUAGUGCCUAUGAUGAUAGCUGUCCUCAUCAGUAACGCCAUUGCCGCACUUCUCCAACCGAGUAUCUACGACAGUAUCAUAUUGAUCAAAAAGCUGCCCUAUUUACCAGACUUACUGCCUUCGGGAUCAGGAAUGUAUAAUAUCUAUGUAGAAGACUUCAUGGUAUGCAAUGUAAAAUACAUUUGGCAUGGAAUCACGUAUCAAAAAUUAAAGGAAAUAUUAAAAGAUAACCGAAAACUUCGUGGAUUUCCAUUAGUUGAAAAUCCCGAUUCCAUGAUUUUAUUGGGAUCGAUACAAAGACUAGAACUAAUAAAAUUAAUUGAAAAACAUAUUGGCAGAGAGAGAAGAUUGCAGGUUGCUCAAAGAUGGCAUAAAGAAGCUGAAGAACGAGCUAAAGAAGAGAUAGAAAAACAAUUUAGAGAACAGGAAAGAUCAAGAAGACCUUCAAGAUUUGAAGUAAUACCAGCUCCAGAUAUUUUGAAAUUGCAAAGGCAAAGUGUAAAUGAUCUAACAAUGUCAUCUGGCAAUGGAGUGAAUAUCGAACACCAUACAUUUCAUACUCCAAUAUUUGGAUCCCAACCAAAAAAAUCGAUUCUCAAAAAAACAAACUCUUUUACUCUUAAGGGCUUUAGUCCUUUGGUUAGCCCAGCUGUAACACCUUAUACUACUGUCACAGGAGCUGAAAGCAGAAUCAGAUUAGCAUUUGAAGCAAUUUUCCGAAAAUCAACAACUUUACAAGAUGUGGAUCCAGAUCCUGAAAUUGGUUCAAAUACUAUUGAUAACCAAUGUCGUAAUGGAGCGCGUCAACCUAUAUUAACUCCAAGCCCAGCAACAUCCAAAAAAGUUCAAUUACCUCGCGAACGAGUAAUAGACAUGUCGGCAGAGGACCAGAAGCAAUGGGAGGAAAGUGAAAUGGCUUUGGAAGUAAAUUUUCUGCGUUGUCAUAUCGAUCCCGCACCUUUUCAACUUGUCGAAAGAACAUCUCUUCUUAAGGUUCAUAGCCUCUUUAGCAUGGUGGGAGUUAAUCACGCUUAUGUCACGGCAAUCGGAAGACUGGUGGGAGUGGUUGGAUUAAAAGAGUUACGCAAAGCAAUUGAAGACGCAAACGCUGGCAUACUGCCAAUGCCAUUUAUCAGCGACAAGCAUGUAGUGACAUCUAAAUUGAGCCUUACCAAAAUCAGCGACGUGAAUAGAGGCUUGGAAACCUCAAGAAAUUUCAGCCAAUACAGUUUGACAAAUGCCGAGGAUGUAGACAUCAACAAGGUCUAGUAGUCGCCAUCGAUCGUGUCGAUACGAGAAAAAAUAAUAAACCGAUUGUGAUAGUCGCGAGGGCGCGACCCUGUACCUACCGUAGCCGAAUAUUUCAUUCUUCUCACGUUCUAUAAAUCACGAAUCCUGAUAUUAAAGAUAAGAAUAUAAGGCAUCGAUGCUCUGCUAAGUUAAAUCUAGAUGGCAUUUACAUUGUGCGAAUUUUUUUAUUAUUCCAUGUAGAUCUGCUUCCCAGCAAUAUAAUAGUGAAAUUAUACUAAAAAAAUGCAUAUUUUUUAUGUUAAAACAAAAGGCCGAUAGUACUUUUCAAACAAUAUCACUGAUUUUUAAAUUUAUAUCGAAUUAUUUUUUAGUUACUUGGCUAUUUAAAAAAUAUACUAUAUAGUGUUAUUAAUGAUUUUUAUUUAUAUUUUACGUUCACUACUCAAUAAACGUUUUCAGUUUUACUUAAAAAGAUAAAUAGAGAUGUAAAAUUUAAUUAACUUGAAACGUAAAUUAUUAAAUAAAAUGUCAUAUGAAUUAAGUAUUCGUUAUUAGAGCCAAAUAAUUGGAUUGAACCAUUAAUUAAAAAUCGUAAUGUAUGCUGUUUUGUAAAUUUCAAU